GAGAAUCAUUUGCGAUCGAGGGCUGCACUUGGUAUUUAAGUCGAAGACCGUUUUCUAGGGUUUUUUUUUUAUCCUUUCUUUUCUUUCUCGCCAUCGCCGCAACGCUGCGAGAAGGGCCAUGGGGAAGGGCACGGGGAGCUUCGGAAAGCGGAGGAACAAGACUCACACUCUGUGCGUGAGGUGCGGGCGCCGGAGCUUCCACCUCCAGAAGAGUCGGUGCGGCUCCUGCGGCUACCCAGCUGCUCGGAUUCGGAAGUACAACUGGAGUGUGAAGGCGAUAAGGAGAAAGACAACUGGUACAGGAAGAAUGAGGUAUCUUCGCCAUGUACCUAGAAGGUUCAAGAACAAUUUCAGAGAAGGGACAGAAGCAGCUCCUAGGAAGAAGGCUACUGCAGCUGCAGUUUAAUAUGGGUAGACCAUUACAUGCUUUCUCUUGAAUCAAAAGGAAAUGGGUUUUCUUUACUACUCGCAAUUCUUAGAUCAUUUUUGUUUAAGACUGAGUUUAGACUUCACUUUUGGCUUGCUUUGAUUGGAAGAAUACAAUGUCAUAUUGUUUUGAAAUUGAGGUAUUUCCUUUAUCACCA